CGAGUAUAUUUAUAUAAUUUGGGAAAGGGGAAAGUUUGAUUGCUGUAGUUGGAAAUUUGCACGUUAUCCACAAUUUUUUUCGGUUUUCUGCACUUUCAAAGCUUUCCUUUCAAGACCAAAUGGUUCUCGUCGUGCAAUGCUACUACAAUUGCAUCGGUUUUCUAAACAAUUCCAUUUUCUUCUACAUAAUCUUUGUUCAUUUCAAGCCAAUUGACGAAUCAAAUUCUGGUAAUAACCCCAAGGUUGCAACCUUUUUUUCGAGCCCCGGAACUGGCCAGCAUCCCGUAGACCGAAUCUGCCAGAAACACCCCGGAACUUUUCUGGAGGGUUGGCCGUCGGUCACGUGACCAGCCGUUACUUCCCUUGUUCCGUCAACGGUUGAUCUUAUUGCAAAAGGUGUUUGAUAGAUAAGUAUAUGAGUAUAUGGAUAAGUAUACGUAUAAGUAUACGUAUAAGCAUAUACGUAUAU